CCCGAGGUCACCUUGGCGUGUGCUCCACACGAUGCGGUGUCCUCUUGCAGGAUGGAGCCGAUUGAUUCAUCGAGUUUCGGUUCCAAAUCACUCAUCUCCAAGUGGCUGUCAGACUCUGCAUGAAGUCAAACCAAUCACACAGCUACCGAAUCGCCGGAUAAGGAUGUGCUUUGCUGUGGCCCGGCUCCAGGACUCCAUAUUAGCUUCUAAGAAAGUGGUGAGUGGGCAGGGAUGGCCUAGCUGUGCGACCUGCAACGACUCGGACACAAUCCGCAGUACCGAGGUAUCCAAGAGAGUUCUCUUAUUGAAGCCUGGAGGAGAGAGAGUAUUCGUACUGCUGAAGAGGAAGGAACAGAGCUUGAGACGCUCAAUAAGAGACGCUAGCCUGAAAGAGAAGGCAGGCCGUAACGUGAUAGCGCUAGUCCUAGAUAGGGAAGGUGUGUAAACCAUCUGUAUUUUCAGGCCGCCCAAUUCGUGCUCGAGGCGCAGAUCUUUUAAUGCUUGCUCCAUGAGGGUGGAACAGACAAUGCAAAUAAUACAAAGGAGAGGAAUGUAGCAAAUGAGGCAGAUAUCCAUUCACUACAUGCUCUCUCAUAUCUCAUACACCCACCACCACCGCUGAAGCCUUCUCCUCCGUCUUAACCGGCGCCACUUCCACCGUGUCCGCCAGCUGCCGGCUCUUGGUCGUGGCAAGGUCGCCGCCUAACAGGGCGCCGUCGCCGUCGAAGAAACGGACGAUCUCCUCGAG